CAAUACUCAGCUCGAACGUACCUCUUGUUGUAUGUUGAGCAUUUCACCGGCAUGAGAUAAGCUCAUCUUAUCGUGAAUGGCUAUGGAUAAUCUUGAAGACACAUGCGCUUCGCUGCGCGCGCAGAUCGCCGCCACCGAGACACAGCUCGCGGGGUUGAAACGCGAGCUUGAAACCGCAGAAAAGGCCGCUGCAGAAACCAAGGGGCAGCAUUCUACGAAUUCUGCAUCGAGUGAAAACGGUACCAAGAAGAGGGAUUGGCCUCUACUGGACGACGAAUAUCGGCGGUAUGGAAGACAGAUGAUUGUUCCUCAACUGGGGUUGCAAGGCCAACUCAGACUCAGGUCCGCGAAGGUGUUGAUUGUAGGAGCAGGUGGAUUAGGGUGUCCGGCUGCUCAAUAUCUCGCCGGGGCUGGUGUGGGCACUUUGGGAUUGGUAGAUGGCGACACGGUCGAGUUCUCAAAUCUCCACAGACAGGUCCUGCAUCGGAGUAAGAAUGUUGGGAAAUUCAAGGUCGAUAGUGCUAUUGAAUAUCUUCAAGAGCUGAACCCGCAUCCUACAUAUAUCCCUCACAGAGCGCACUUAAACCCUCAAGAAGCCGCCGAUAUCUUCAGAAACUAUGAUUUGAUUCUCGAUUGCACGGAUAAUCCGGCCACACGCUAUCUAAUUUCGGACACUGCUGUGUUACUCGGAAAACCGCUAAUAUCUGCCUCGGCAUUGCGGACUGAAGGCCAACUGGUGGUAUUAAACUACCCUCCUCGGCCAGCAGGUGACAAAUCCGGAGGGCCAUGUUACCGAUGUGUAUUUCCAAGACCGCCCCCAGCAAAUAGCGUGGUCAGCUGCGCAGAUGGAGGCAUCAUCGGCCCGGUGGUUGGCACAAUGGGCGUCCUGCAGGCAUCGGAAGCGGUCAAGGUUAUCUCAUCUGGGCUCGAUGGCAUCUCUGCGGGCCCUCCUUCCAUGCAUAUCUUCUCCGCAUACUCUUCGCCGUUAUUCCGAACAAUAAAGCUUCGUUCUCGUCGCCCUAACUGCACGGUGUGUUCCGCAGAGGCCAGUGUGACACUCGAUACUCUGGCAUCGGGAUCAACUGAUUAUUUCUUUUUCUGUGGUAUCACCGAUCCGGAAGUUUUGCUUUCCCCAGAAGAGCGAAUCUCACCGCUAGAGUACCGAAAGAUGUAUCCAGAAGCAGCUCCCUCGACGGAGAACAAGCAACACACGAUUAUCGACGUCAGAGAAAAGGUUCAAUUCGAUAUCUGCAAUAUAGAUAACAGCAUCAACAUUCCGAUAUCCACAAUUCUAUCUUCGGCUAUGAGUCUCCCGAAGAACACCGGCGAGCCGACUGACCCAUCGAGCCAAAUACCUCCUUGGCUUCCGGCGGAUAUUGUUUCACCAGAGUCAACUGAUCCGGUCUAUGUCGUUUGUCGCCUCGGAAACGACUCACAGGUUGCUGUUAAAAAGUUAAAGGAGCUAGGACUAGACCGUGGUGGAGAUAGAUUUGUGGGUGACAUCCAGGGAGGAUUGCAUGCAUGGCGAAAGCAAGUCGACCCCGAAUGGCCAGAAUAUUAAAAUAGAUAGAAUAAUGAUAUAUGAACAUCCAAUUGGAGAAAAGAGCUCAUGUCCCAUUUGCAUUGCAACAGCAAAAGGAAACAAGACAAAGAGAUGGGCAAAAGUAGCAAAAACAAAAAGCAAAAAAGAAUCUCUC